CCACACUAUCACAAACCACAGAACAAACUCCUUAUCCGAACAAAAAUGAAGCUCUCCACCGCAAUCCUCCUCCCCCUCGCGUCCACCGCCAUCGCCGGUCCCAUAGGCUACGGCAUCUGCCAGGCCGGCUGUUCAGGCGUCGUUAUGGCUUGUUACUCUGCUGCAGGGUUUACCUGGGGCGCGACUUUGGGUGCUUCUGCGCCUGCUAGCAUUAUAGCAUGCAACACGGCGUAUGGGACCUGCCAGGCGGCUUGUGCGGCUGUUUUGCUUGCGCCGACUCCUUAGAUGCCUGAUAUUGGGUCUAGUGGGAGAUGAUGUACCGGAACGAGAGAGAGAGAACUGGGAUAUUUUAAGUUGAAGUUGAGGCUGGACAGGGAUGUUAGGCAUUGGGGACAGCUGAGAUCGUAUUCAAUCAAUGAACGUUAUGAUUUCAUCGAGUGUAAAGC